GAGCGCCCGGGGGGGGGCGGCCCUGCGAGGGGUGCAGACUCGGGGGGCAAGCAGCGGCUCACGCGUGACUUUUCUCCGCUUCAGGCUGGUCCGCAGCCUACAGUGGCACAACCUUGGGGUCGCGAUCGCUGCCCCCCUGCCGGCACGGCCGAAGCGACCUGCUGCCGCCCCUGCGAGCUGGGCGGGUGCGUCCCCAGCCCUAAGGGCGGACUGCGCGUGCGCGGCCGCGCUGGGAUGGGCUGUGAAGGGAGCGAAUGGUGGCGCUGCGUCCUGCUGCCCUAUGCGGUCACCCAGUUGUUCUGGAGCCGCAGAAGUUAAAUGUUGAGACAGUCAUGAACUUUGAAGAGAACUUCCAUCAUGAAAUGGUUUCUCAGCUGCAUGAUUUUGCUGCUGUCGGAGAUGCAGCCAGGCUGAAAGCGUUGCUCAGCCGUUCCCCAUCACUGAUCAAUGCGACUGCAGGUAAUGGCUGGACAGCCCUGAUGUACGCUGCCAGAAAUGGACACUUUGAUGUUGUGCGGAUUCUUCUUGAAGGAGGGUGUGACAGGUCCAUCAUUAAUAAAUCAAGGCAGACAGCCCUGGACAUUGCUAAAUUUUGGGGGUACAAGCACAUUGCUGAUUUGUUGGCUAAUGCAAAAGGAGGCCAGAAGCCUGGUUUUCUGCAAAGUGAAGUGAAAGAAUAUUCAAAUUAUUUUGGCACAACGCUUCUGGACCGAAGAAGUGAUAAAAGAAUAGAUUCUAAGUGGCUAAGCAAAAAACAAACCCACCCAGCUACAGUAUACAUACUCUUCUCAGACCUAAGUCCAUUGGUUACUCUGAGUGUGGGAGCAGAGAAGUCACAGCAGCCAGAAGUCAGGCUUUGCAGGCUGCACCACAAGGAUGUGGAACAGUGCAUGAGCCAGACUGAAGAAGUCACCUUGAUUUUUCUUGGAGUUGAUCUGCACUUGCGCAUGAAUCUUUUGGCUGCUCACAAUGGGAAGGUUCUGCAAGAUGAUGAUGAGGAUGGGCUAGUUGCUUGGUUUGCUCUUAGCGUAAAUCCCACUUCUGCUGAGAAAUUUAAACAGAAGCAUGAGGACUGUUACUUUCUUCACCCACCAAUGCCAGCACUACUGCAGCUACCUGAAAAUGAAGCUGGAGUGGUAGCCCAGGCUAGGUCUGUUCUAGCAUGGCACAGCCGCUACCGUUUCUGCCCAACUUGUGGGAGUGCAACCAAGAUUGAAGAAGGUGGUUACAAGAAAAAUUGCAUAAAAGAAGAUUGUCCCAGUCUGCAAGGUGUUCAUAACACAUCAUAUCCAAGAGUUGAUCCUGUCGUGAUAAUGCAAGUCAUCCACCCAGAUGGGAAUCACUGCCUUUUAGGUAGACAAAAGAGGUUCCCCCCUGGAAUGUUUACUUGUCUUGCUGGAUUUGUAGAACCUGGAGAAACAAUAGAAGAUGCUGUUCGAAGAGAAGUAGAAGAGGAAGCUGGAGUCAAAGUUGGCCAUGUUCAGUAUGUCUCUUGUCAGCCAUGGCCAAUGCCCUCCUCCCUAAUGAUUGGCUGCUUAGCUGUUGCAGUGUCUACAGAAAUUAGAGUUGACAAGAAUGAAAUAGAGGAUGCCCGCUGGUUCACUAGAGAACAGGUUGUGGAUGUUCUCGUUAAAGGAAAUCAGCGUUCGUUCUUCGUACCACCGAGUCGAGCUAUUGCACACCAGCUGAUAAAACACUGGAUUGGAAUGAAUGCUAAUCUUUGAGCUAAAUUGUUUCUUCUAAUGAAUGCUAAAAUUAGGAAUAAAUUUAAAAGAACUGUUUACCUAGUGCUUCUACAACCGUGAGAAUUUUUGAGUCUUUCUUUUGGUUCCUGAGGUAAACUACACAAAUCCCUACAGAUUUUUUCAAAUCUGAGUGAGAUCUGACGAAAAACUCAGUGAAUAUCCCAAAGAAGCAGACAAUAUAUAGAUAAAAUUAAUACUUUGUUUUUUGUGUGUGUGAUUUUUGAUCAAAUUACUAUGCCUGUCACUGUUACGCUUUUAAUGUUGAUUUCAUCUUUUCUGUCCCUCACUGGAAGGAGUUACUACAUUGCAGGAAGGCCUAACCUUUCCUUUAGUCUGAGCUCUGCGUUUAUGUCCUCCUGUUUUGGCAUGUCGUAUUCUUCUCAUUUUUUCCUAUCUCCAUUUUUUAAAAUUCUACAUGGCACAGAAAACACCAGUGUUCACUGUUGAAACUCCUGUCAGUAACAGUUACUUUUAAGCUAAUAGCAUCAAGCGGUGAAAGCUAAAAGCGUUAAGCGGUGAAUAUGUAGUACCUUUUAUCUCUUACAUGAAGAACAUUCUAAGCAGAAUAUUUACUCCUCCAGAUCCUCCAGUUUGAUUUGGACGGCACUUAACCAGUUGUGUGAACUUGAAUUUAAAUUUCUAACACAACACUCUGUUUAUGAAAAAUGUGUUGGAGAAUCUUCCCAAAAAUCCUAAACAUCUUUAUAUAGGAUAAUAAUGUAUUUAGUGACAGUGGGUUUUUCACUCUCUGAUAGAAAUGGAACUGCAGAGUAAUGGAGGAGGAAAGUAGAUUAAAAGACAUGAAAGUACAUACAAAGCUGUUCUCUAGAAAUUGGGACUCUAGGUUGUUACUGCUAUUAAGAAUUUACAGUUGAUAGAAUUAUAAUCAACCCCAGCUGUAUGAUUGAGAAGGCAAUAUAUUACAUAAAUAUUUACUUAAGUGUUUUUAAUGCUCUAGAAGGCUAUAAAAGUAUACCGUUAUUAAUGUCAUUAUGUUAUGAAUCAGUACUCUAAUGAUGCAGUGAUGUAAAAAGAAUUCAAAUGGCCAGGAGGAAAUACAGUGAUGGUCAUAAAAAUUAGCUUCUUAUUAAGUAGUGCUUUGUUAUUUUAAUCAGUGUAAGAUUUGUUUCAAAAUUCUUUGUAAGUCUGGAACCAUUAAAAAUGUUUUAAAGAUCCUUA